AGGGUCCAACCUGCUCAGCUGGCAGCUUUUGUCUCGCCCUGUUGGGUGGAGAGGGUGCUGCAGGGAAGCAGUGUUACUUUCUUAAGCGACUCGCGCUUACGGACACUUUCUCUCAACAGUUUUGUCACACAAAUUUCUGUUCGAGAAACACACUGUUUGACUCCUUUUCGCCUCGGUAUCUGAUCGUGGAAGCUGAGCUGAGCUGAGCUGUCGACUGCGUCUUACGAGUGACAAGGACCAUGAGCGAACCCACCUCCGAGAUCGCGCAUACGAAGCGCGCUUCACCGGUCGCAUCUAGAGCGCCCAGGUCUGCUCACUCACACAAGCUCAAGACCAUUGACAAUAGCCGGAGGAAGAAGCUUGUUCAAUGGCUCCUUGACAACCAGACAAGCCUCGCUUUCCAAACCACUGCCCCUCUACUCCUCACACACAUCUGCGUCCACGCGGCGCGUCCUUAUACAUCCAAGUUCAUCAAGCUCUCAUAUUACAAUUCGACCACUGGAGAGUAUGGCGCCGGCCACGACGACCUCUGCUUCGUCGCAUUCUGCGUCGCUCUCCUCAUCGGCAUCCGCGCCGCGCUGAUGCGCCACGUCCUUGAGCCCCUUGGCCGGCACUGGGGCAUAUCGAAGAAGAAGGAUGUCGCCAGAUUCUCGGAACAGGGCUCGAUGCUGGCGUAUUACAGUGUUCUCUGGCCAGUGGGAAUGUACCUCUAUUGCAAGGCGCCAUACUAUCUUAAUAUGAAGGAGCUGUGGAACAAUUGGCCCCAGCGGGAACUCGACGGGUUGAUGAAGGGAUAUGUCAUGGUGCAAUGGGCGUACUGGGUCCAGCAGGUCAUCUCGGUGAACAUUGAGGCGCGGCGGAAGGAUUACUGGGAGAUGAUCGUGCACCACGCCAUCACCAUCUCUCUCAUCGCGGCAUGCUACGCGUAUCACCAGACCCGCGUCGGCCAUCUCAUCUUGGUCUUGAUGGACGUCAUUGAGUUGAUCUUUCCACUGGCCAAGUGCCUCAAGUACAUCGGCUUCACGACUCUCUGCGACGUAAUAUUUGGCGUCUUCCUCCUAGUCUGGGUCUGGACGCGCCACGUGUUCUACCUGAUGACCUGCUGGAGCGUCUACUACGACCUCCCCCGAUCCCUCAAACAGCCAUGCUUCCGAGGCGCUCCAGGCGAUAUUGAAGGCCCCUUUGAUGCGCCAACCGAGGGCUGGUCCCACCUCCUCGAGCCGUUCAAGGACCCCGCGGGGAUGGUGUGCUUCACCGAUGGCAUUCGAUACGGCUUCUUGACCUUUCUCCUCGCGCUCGAGGUCGUCAUCUGCGCGUGGUCAUUCUUCAUCAUUCGGGUCUCGGUGAGAGUGCUCAAAGGGGCUCCAGCCGAAGAUGUUAGGAGUGAUGUAGAUGAGGAGGAGGAGGAAGAGGAGAAGAUUGAGUAUGAGGAGAUUGAGGCCAUUGAGGAGGACGUUGGCGUGGAGUCUAUCGACUUGAAGGCCUGGGAAAGGUCACCUAGCCGGAAGGAGUCUUCGAGCUCGAGGGUAAGCGGCGUCAGGACGCACAGCGGCCGGAAAGAACUGCUCAACAGAAUUGGCUGCGAGAAGCAGAUUGAUUGAGGACUGUGGCGAUGAUGCGCUUCAUUUGGCUGGCCAAGACUCAGAGAUACAACAAACUUGAAUUUUCCAGUUCAUGACAUAUCACUUGCUAAUUCCUAUGGCUUCUAUGCGACCAAAGCGAGGAACUCCAACAGACCUAUGCUGAAGAGUCGUGAAAUUUUGUUCCAAUCCUUAACUUCAAAGAUCGACCUCCACCACUACAGGCGGCAAUGUGAGCUUUUACAGACCACAACGACCGUGAUUGAGUAGUUUCACAAUAAUGGCUUCAUCAACAGAAACAUUUGGUAAAGGCGGUGUGCAGCUCCGGCCCCUUCAUGGAUUACAAUCGGGUGAGACCCGCUCCGUUCGGAGCAACAUGACGACAUAAACCCUCCGAAUCGGAGGGUAAAAAAAAAAGCUCAUACCG